AUGUCCCUUAAUUUAGUGGUCUCUUCUGCUGAGGGCUCCUGGAUCCUCUCUGUGAUUUAUAAUUCGCAGGUCAUUUCCUACCAUCGGCUCUUAUGGCGAACUCUUGCUGGAGUCAAUAACAUUCAUCUUCCCUGGCUCCUUGCCGGGGACUUUAAUGCCGUCCUAUCCGUCCAUGACUUCAAAGGGGGUACUUCUAACUCUUAUGAUUAUAAAUCUCGUCUUUUCUCUAACUUUGUUAACAGUGCUAAUCUUCUUGAUCUUGGCUUUGUGGGUUCGCGUUUCACCUGGUGUAACAACCAAGUGGGGUUGUCUUGCCGAUGGGCGCGUCUUGAUCGUUUUUUAGCUAAUCAUGAUUGGAUUGCUUCCUUCUCUUCUCUUGAGAAUCUUCACCUACCCCGUUCCUGCUCUGACCAUUGCCCUCUUCUUCUCACGGCGUGCACCCACACUCCUUCUAAGAGCUCCAUUUUUCAGUUUGAUAAUAUCUGGUUUGAAUAUUCUUCUUGCCAUAAUAUUAUAUCUAAUGCUUUUCAGGUGAUCUCGUCUUCCUCUCAUAUGCACUCCCUGCACCACUGCCUUCACCGGGCUAAGAAUGAUCUCAUUAAAUGGCAUAUUUCUGGUACUCGAUCCAUCGAUGCUGAGCUUUCACAUGUUGAAAUGGAGAUUAAGAAUGUUGAAGAUAGCGAGUGCUUUUGUCCACGACCCGUGGCAUCGCACUUUGGCUCGAUUGUCUGCGUAAUCAUCAUAAUGCCCUCCUUCGUCAAAACUCCAUUUAUUGGGCUCAGAGGGCUAGAAUGA